AUGUUCCCUUCAUCGAUGCUCUUUCGAACACCGAAUAUGGCCGGCCCAUCAUCGAUCUUCCCACAAGUGCCAAGCGGGGAUCAAUUCCUGAAUUUCGUCUACCAGCAAAGUCUCCUCAACUACAUGACAACACUUCAGAGGCUACAACAAGUCAAUCCACCAAAGCCAGUCAAACCGGAGCCUAAAAAGGAAAGCGAUGAGCCGCCAGAGAAACGAAUGAAGUUUGAUUUCACUAAACUGGCCACAUCAAUCGAAAAAGAGGAGAAAGCAAAAGCUGACUCUCCACCGAUGCCAAUUGGGCCUUCACUUUUCCCUCAAGCUCAUAUCUCUCUUCCUGGAGCUUCGUAUCCUCGACCAUGGUUUAUGCUACCGGGAAAACGAACCGGUGGUCGAGCCACUCGCCCCAAGAAAGAGUUCAUCUGCAAAUUCUGUAGACGACAAUUCACGAAAUCCUACAACUUGCUCAUUCAUGAGAGAACGCACACUGACGAGCGGCCCUACCCAUGCGAGCAGUGUGGAAAGGCUUUUCGACGACAAGAUCAUCUACGUGAUCAUCGAUUCAUUCACUCAAAGGAUAAACCCUUCAAGUGUGACAUUUGCGGAAAGGGUUUCUGCCAGUCGAGAACCCUCGCGCAGCAUCGAUUCGGGCACUCGUCGUGCGCUGGUAAAGAGGCAAGCCCACUCGCUCCAACGAGUACCCCAUCCAGAACUCCAUCUCCAGCUCUUCUCCACUCUCCCGAAUCAACCUCUCCCGAGUCAAUCCAUAUCAAAAACGAGAUCAAAAAUGACGAUGAUGAGGACACGGUUGAUGUUGAA